UGGUUGGCAGCAGUUAUGGUUAUUAACGCAGUUGUUACGCUUUCCAUCCGGCCCUUGCUGUCCGACAACGGUGUGCUGGUGUUGUUGGCAGCAGUGUGUGCAAUCAUAUGUUGUGCCACUGUUGACAUUGUGAUUUCACGAUUCGCACGGAGACCACGGAGAAACCGAGUUGGUUUUCGUCCACAGAUUGAUCAUUACGUCGGGGAAUCAUCAAGUCCACGUCCGAAUGAACUCUCAGAAAGACCGCUGAAGAUGAGCAAGAAUACAACGGCCAAGAUGAAGGCCACUCUGUUCUCGUUGCUACUGAACGAGGAAUUGCCCAACGAGCCCGACAAAAAGGUCGGGAUGCGCAACUACCUACUCCACGCCAUCGAACAGGACCACCUCCUGGCUAGUCAGUACCUGGACAUUUGCAGCCUGCUGCUCUCGGUGAACGACCCUGAAUACCUCUUUCUGAAGAGCGUCCUGUGCGAAGCCCUGCGUCUCGCAGCCAGGCUCAGUGGAGAUAAUAACCCAUUCAACGCUUUCCUCCAGGAGGAAAUCGUAAGUGACGAUGCCAUCGUCCACUGCCUCCAGAUCAAGAUGCCGACGAACGACUCGAUGCGGGAGGUGAUCGCGAAGGAGACCUUGUCCUUGUUGAUCACUGAGGACUUCUGGAUGCACGAAAAGUUUGUUCUUCUCGUGCAGAAUGUGGGACGCUUCUCGGUUUACGACGAAGAGUACAUUAACGCCGUGUUCAGCGUCCUGGAGGGAUUCAAACCAUACUUUAGUGCUCAAACCAGCAUGGAAAUUGUGAAGAAGGUGCAUAUGCUGAUAGAGCUGUCGAAGAAGUGGAUGCACGCGAAUCAAAAGAUCUUAGUUGCCCGCAAGAGGUUGAUACUGAACACGCUCUACCAGAAAAUCAUUCACAGGAAGGCAAACCAUUUGAUGAUUUACGUGCUGCAACUUGUGGAGGCUGAGAUUCUGACCGCGCUCCUGUCUCCAAUCCCGUCGGAAUCGGUUCCUGUCGUGGCCAAAGAGUUGCUUUCUUGGACCUACAACACUAAAGACUGUUAUUUGCUACUGCCGCCAAUCGUGAAGAUGCUGCAGCGACUGUUGCAGGAUGGAAAUGAUCUCGAGUACAACCAACUCGCACUGGAAAACUGCGAUAAAAUGCUGGGUCUGUUGCACUUGAAACUCUUCCGACCUAUGAUAAGCAUUGUGUGUCAUUUUCUCAACAACAGCACUGAUCCAAUUGAACUGCUAAAAAAGUCUGUUGAAAAACUGAAAGUGGUCUUAAUCUUGUGCGCGGAUGACACAUCAGUGUCAAGCAACCUCAGAAAAGCCCUGGCCGGUAUCUUCGACUCUUAUCCUGAACUUCGAGCCGUGAUUUGCAACAUUUUGAGUGAGAAUCUACCAGAACCGGACCCGUCAAAUCCGAAUUUGAAUAUCUCAGAUGGUCCAAAAGGAUUGGCGAACACUGGCAACACAUGUUACGCCAACAGCGUCAUUCAGUGUCUUUUCCACAUCACCCAAUUUAGAAACAAAGUGUUGAAAUUCGAAGCGGAUCCAUGCCAAACCGUCCUUCAGCAGCUGCAGAAAAUUUUCGCCCUCCUGCGUUUCAGCUCGUUGCCGGAAAUCACCCCCGAUGAAACUUUUCACGCCAUUUUAAGGCCGCCAUAUUUUGUAAGAGGCCAGCAAGAAGAUGGAUUUUUGUAUCUCAUACACCUUUUGGACAUCCUGAAGGAACAGGAGCUGAAGGCGGUCGACAUCAAAGACGACGAGAUGGAAGUGAAUAAAGAACAGUGCUCGUCAGGUGCGGCAGCAAAGUGUGAAACGCUUUCUAACGGCUCGACAGAAGACAGUAAAUCGGACUUAAUGUUAAAUGGUGAUAAUGAUGAAGUGGAGGAAAUGUCCACGUCGCCUGACGAGAAUUCUGAGGGCUCGUCUUUCCCGAGUGUCAAGUCUGAGGGUGACGAAUGCAGCAACGAGUCUACCAACAACAACUUUUCCGAGGAGGAAGACAGCAAUGUAGCAGACGAGAUUUCCAGAGCUUACCACACGCUUAAUCAAGAGGUUUUUGGCGGUUACCAAGUGGAGACGUACUGUUGCCACGGCUGCAAGUACAGACACAAGCAGACGAAGCGAACAACAGCCAUCUGCCUGGCAAUUCCCGAGCAGGAGACCAACCAGCCACGCAUCACAGACCUGCUGGAGAAUUACUUCAAGCCGGUUGAACUGCAGGACUCGGAUAAGUACGAGUGCCGCAAGUGCAACGCUAAAGUCGACUCGACCUGCUAUACGGAGCUCGUAUCGGCGCCACCUUAUCUCAUCCUCUGUCUCAAACGCUUCCUCUACAACACAUCCCUGCAGCAAACAAUUAAGGUGAUGACGCAGGUGCAGAUCGAGGAGGACGUGAGCGUGAAGGGUUGGGACUUCCGGCUGCACGCGAUGGUGGUGCACUCUGGUUCGUCGGCCUCGCACGGCCACUACUACUCUGUGAUCAACACCGAAAACUGCAAGCUGCGGCUGGACGACACGGUGGUGAGCAGCGGGGGAGCCUUGUCAGCGCACCUUGAUACGCCCUACAUCCUGUUCUACCAGCGCAAGGACUGCCAGAUGGACGAGACGUCCGACCUGAGUCUGGAGGACCUGGACGCCAGACUGCAGGCCAUCGUGCGCAACCACAGCCGCCGGCCCGUCUUCCCCAAAGGCCUGGUCGUCACCACGAAGAAGUCGCAACAGCCGCCACCGCCCCCGCCACCCUCGUGCGGAGACGGACCCGGCAUCUCCUCCAACAGAAUGGUUUGCUGAGCGAAAGACUGAACCGUCGCUUCUUCUCUCAUUGCUUCCCCCCCUUCCCCCCAAAUGCUCAAUUAAAUUAGAGACAUUGAUCAACACUGAUCUCUCCUUUUGUUUUAUUUGGUGCGUCUACAUUUUGUCUCAACGCUUGUAAUGACAUGGCUGUUUGAAAAAUGUUUCUUUGUGAGUGCUGGAAAUUCUGCGGAGAAAUGUCUUUGUAGCUUCAAGAAAUCGCAGCAGCUCCCGCUCGGUGACGAAGUUGUCGUCUCCAAUGGUAUGAUUUGCUGGGCGCAUCAGACUGAAUCGUUGUAUAAGUGCGUUUUCUAUUUAUUCAAUGGUCAAUUAAACUAGAUAAUUUAUGGAUAAUAA